AACAUGCGAUAACGACAUCCCACGUAUGUUGCCGUCGUCGGCUCGAAGCAAUUGGACUCAGAACGCAACUGCUGGAUGUUUGUCCUCCUGCAGGUGAUGGUGGACAGGUUUGCCUGGGUGAUUUUCGCCGUCGGUGUCAUUUUCGUUCAUUGCGAAGAGAUCGAAGAAUGCUUGAACAAUGACACCUUUGCAGCUUUGCAGACCCACUCAGGUUUGCACUCAGAACCGGCUCCAGAACCGGCCGGCUUGGGCCCAGGUGGGAAUCCGGAGCCUGCGAUGCCAUAUAUGUCCAACCUCGAGAUCGAUGACGAGGUCCUUGCCUGCACCGACCCAAAGUGGAAGCCAAAUAAAGGCGGCAUUUGGACUUUUGAGCAGAUCGCAGAGGCAUUCAUGGAAUUUGGCUUCAAGAAGUUUUACGAACCUGGAAGCAAGGCUGAUGCAAUCUCAGCUUGUGUUGCUUCCUUGACCAUUGCGGCUGGCGAGUGUCAGGAGACACAUCACAGUAUGGGUAUUGGGUGCGAUGCCAAAGCUACCCACGACUCAGGUGUUUUUCAGCUGGACUUUCUUCGUGCACCCUUCACCCCACUGGGAGACAAAGUCAAUCCGCAGAUCAAGAAAGAUGGAAACAUGAUGAACCUUUGCAUCAGUGGCUUUGGUGCCGGCUUCGUUACCGGUGCACCCUACACGUCCAGCAGCAAGACGGGCGUUGCAUACUUGGAGAAGACACCCAUUUAUACAUGCAUGGGUGCUCCAGCUGAUGUGAAUGCUUACUCUUGUCCUGACCCUCUAGCCAAACCAGGAGUGAUCUACCCGAACUUCAUAGGUACUUUCUGCCACAAAGGUUAUUUGCAGAAUGACGAGCAAGGUAAACAGCCUUGUAGCCUCACGCAGACGACGCCCCGCUGCUGCGGCAUUUUCAUGGGCGGUGCUAAUGACUACCAGCUGGCUCCCUUCCCAGAGUACUAUUUCAUGAAGGCCCAGGAGCACUUGAGCAAGAUGCAAGGCAAGAACUUCAAGACAAUUUGUGAGAAGGUCAUUGAUUAUAUGGAUCAACCGUGAUCAAUUGAUCGUCAGAUGUAGGUCCACCAUUGCCACAGGGCACAAGCGGCAAAAGAAAGAGUGGAACGGCCAUUGUAUAUGACAUGCAUAAGCCAUGUUUGGACGAAACCACUAUCCCGUGCUGGCGAAG